AUGUCAACUGCCGCUGAGAAAGCAAAUCUAGCACGGAUACGCGAUAAUCAAAGGAGGUCCAGAGCUCGGCGGAAAGAAUAUCUUCAAGAGCUGGAGAACAGCUUGCGACAAUGCGAACUUCAAGGAGUUGAAGCCUCUGCCGAAAUCCAGACGGCCGCAAGAAAGGUUGCAGACGAGAACAAGAAGCUUCGGGCAAUGCUGGCACAUAAUGGGAUUGAUAGUGACAGUAUCGAGCUAUUUCUUACGACUACACCUAUUGCGAGCGGGAUGGAUUGUAAUCAGCACGGCUCCAUUACAGGCAACUCAGUCCAGGCGUUGGAGCAAUCUUUGAAUAUGCGAAGGAAAUGCUGCACGAAUAUGUCUAUUUCUACGACUGAAGCCAACAUAGCAAGGCAUAAGAGAGGGGAAAGCAGUUCAAGUGCGACAAGAUCGCCGUGGAAUACUACGACGCGCCCUGAAUCUGUACCACAAUCUACCAACCCAAUCAUUCCUUCUGAAAGAUCGAGAUCUGUUGCACGACCAAGUACGGCAGAUUGUACAGGCAAUCCGGAAGACACUAGUCAACCAAACCUUCCACGCAGUCAGCCUCGGACCGCUCCAUACGUACAGCAAGUACCUCGUAAUCUAGUUGCUAACAUGAUGCCUUCGCCAUCAAAUACGCAAACGCCUGAUCUCAGUCCUCAACAUUUCCCACCGACCCCAAGUUACAGCAAUUUCCCGGUCAUUUCAUCAGGGGAGAACUAUUUACAAAUGCAAAGUGGGCGGCAAGAAACUUCAAUAUACGUGCCAGCGAUGAACAACAAUUUGAACCUCAACAACUGUUCAUAUGCUGCAGAUAUGAUUACAGUAAUGGCUGGUGCUGGUGCUGAUUCUGCCAGUGUUCGAGCGGAUUUAGGAUGCUUGCCAGGCAUGGAUUGUGACGUUGACAAUCAGAUUGUGUUCGAGGUAAUGGAUCGAUAUUCUGGCCAUUCAUAA